GCCCGCUUGAGGCUUAAGUAAACCGACCUGUUUGUCAGGCUAUUUCCUACCCGGAAACUGAUCAAAGUGUGUGUGGGGAAAGGCAGAGAGUGAGUGAGAGAGUGUGCUUGUGUGUGUGUGUCUGUGUUUAAGCAUAUGUGUGAGAGACACAAACAGGGACAAGGGUCUACAUAUGAAUAAGAUCCUGUGCAGAGACCUAAACGGAACAUUUUUACAACCUAUUUUGAGAUCUGGACAAAAUCAGAACAUGGGAAAUGAGACCACCACAUGGAUGCCAAGUACAAAGAGCAUAACUGUGAGUAAACGACAGGGUCAGUAAAGUGGGUAAAGGACAAAAUAGACAACAAUCAGCACUCUGCUUUAUUUCCCCUAGAAAUGUAUGUGGUUUUCAUUAUAAUGAUGUGAAGAAGGAAGCUUGGCUUAAUGUAGAAGUAUAUACCUUUUGGGCUAGUUUCGUUGGAGCAAAGAACUUUUAAGGAUCUUUCAGCAUUUUUAACGUUGCUUAUUGACUUUCCUCCACCCCUAGAAUGACAUUCACACAGACUUGUCAGGCUAUGACAUGUGUGCUGUUACAUUAUGCAACAUUACCACUGUGAAAUGUAUAAUUGAAAAAAGUAUUAGUGUGGCAAGACAACGAUUCACUUAUUGUGUGUUGUGUCAUGUACUCUAUAUGUAUUGUCACUAGUGGUUUCAGAACAGAAACAUAAACGGUGGCUUAAAAGGAAAUGACUUAAGCUUAAAGGCAGUGCAAGAGAUUUGUUAGGGGUACCUAAUGGUUUGACGAGCAGUAGGAGGCUUCAUCUCAUUACUUUUUGGUUGGCUCUGAAUGACAGGGAGCAGCUUUGAAGCUAUUGUGUAGCGGAAGUAAUUGACAAGGAACAUUGCAGAUCUAGACACAUUGUGAGUCCUGACCAGAUGAGGGUUGUUUUUUCAUUUGUAAAUCUACUCGGCUGACAAGAACAUAGAGACAGACAGCAAGUCAAAGAACUUUUGGCAAUGGCUGGAAGUCUGAUGGGAUUUGUUCGAAGCUUCGAUACAGAUUCUAACUCUGCAUCUCAGCCACCAACAAGCGCAGACUAUAAACUCCUUGACAAGGCAAUAAAACGACUACAUAAACUGCACAGGCUGUGCACUGAGCCGCGAUUAUGUCUAAAGAACAGCCCACCUUACCUCCCUGAAUUGGUCAGGGAGACUGUAAACCUCACAAAGGACAUAUGGGCUCUUUAUAGAGCUUCAGGUUCAGCCAUGCCACGUGGGGAUGAGGGAGAGUACCUAAGGAUCCAUGUCCAACACUUGCUGGAUAAGACGGACAGGGCCAUCCUGCUGUUUAAAGAAGGCAAAGAAAAAAUGUUUGAGGAAAAGUCUACAUACAGGAGAAACUUGACAAAGCUGUCUUUGUUAUUCAGUCAUAUGCUGUGGGAACUACGAGCUAUAUUUCCAGGUGGUCAAUUUUACGGUGAUACCUACAACCUGACCAAGACGGAGGCAAGAGAGUUCUGGAGAAAGUCUUUUGGGCACAAGUGCAUAAUUAAGUGGAGUAUCUUUAAGCAGCAUUUGAAAAAUGUUCACAACUUUGAAGAAGGAAUGGAGGCCAUGGCUCUAAAGUCAACAGUUGACCUCACUUGUAAUGAUCACGUUUCUAUCUUCGAGUUUGACAUCUUUACCAGACUUUUUCAGCCAUGGUCGACACUGCUGAGGAACUGGAAUCAUUUAGCAGUGACUCAUCCAGGUUACAUGGCCUUCCUCACUUAUGACCAAGUACAAGCCAGACUGGAACACCAUAGAAAUCAUCCCGGAAGUUACAUCUUUCGCCUCAGCUGCACCAGAAUGGGCCAGUGGGCAAUCGGUUAUGUGACUCCCGAUUGCAGCAUUGUGCAAACUAUUCCAGAGAGUACACCUCUGUACCAGGCUCUAAUACAAGGCUUCAAACAGGGAUGUUACUUAUACCCAGACGGGCGUGAUGUAAACCCUGAUCUCAGUGCCCUGUGUAUGCCAUUUCAGAAGGGUCGCAUUGCAGUUACAGAGGAGCAAUAUGAGUUAUAUUGUGAAAUGGGAAGCACAUUUCAGCUGUGUAAGAUUUGUACAGAGAGAGAAAAGGACACUCGCAUUCAGCCCUGCGGACAUCUGCUUUGUCGGCCUUGUCUCGCUGGCUGGCAGAAGUCAGACGCACACACCUGCCCUUACUGCCGCUGUGACAUUAAAGGGACAGAGUCCAUCCUUAUCGAACCCUAUCGCCCCACAAGUGACAACACAUACCGAAGAAGAGAAGACGAGGAAGACGAUGACGAUGAUGACAGUGAUGAUGAAGAUCAUGAAGAUGUGGAGCUUGUCAUGAAAGAACUGGCUGCCAUGAAAAGGGCAUCACAAGAGGAGUAUCAGGUUCCUAGUUCCAGUUUAUCACCACCUCCACUUCCACCAAAACAGAACACUAUGUCCUCCCCUUGCCCAUCUCCCAAACCACCAAACCGUCCGUUCCUCAGAGACAGGCUGUCUAAAGGUCACUGUAACUCAUCUACCUGUAGCAAUGUGACAUAUUCAGCAAGCCAUCUAAAUCUGAUGGAGGAAACCUCAGACAGACAGCUGCAGUGUGUUGAUGAACAGAGCUAUACAUCACUUUCCCAGACAGGCCGAAAAGGUGUAGUCCCAUGGUCAGGCCCUGCUCAUUCAGGAAAAAAGAAAGAAAAAAGAAGGGAGGAGGCAGAAGACAGGGGCGAUUUGGAAACAGAGUUGCUAGCAGGAAGACAAAGUCAUAAAAGCUCUCAGGGUCAGAGAAAGCUUUCAUCCUUGUCAUUCCUUCAGGAUUUCACCAUGGAAACAAAUAUGACAAAAAACUGAAUUAUCUGCAUGGUAAAAAAAAAAAUGUAUAGUGAAAUAUGAGUAUAUAACAACAUUAAACACGCAUGAAAAUAUUGUCAUUUUUCAUUACAAACCAAUUAUAUUGUUUUGUUAUUUAAACUGUAAUAAUUUGUAAACCAAAACUCGUUUUGCUCCGCAAAAUAUGGCCUUACUCUAAAACUAAUCUUAAAAUACAAUCAUGUAUUUAACAGAUUUUUACCUUCUAUUUUAUAUAUCCAGACUGUUAUACAGACAUAUACAGACUAAGUCAGUGGGCUUUUCAUGAACAAAUAACUUCAAUAACAAAACAACUAUAUACCUCUAAUGUGUCCAGAAAUAGUUACAUAAUAAUUCUAUAAUAUUUAAUUACAAUAAAAUGUAUUGUAAUCAGUAAAAC